AUGCCAUCCGAAGUCACGGACAUCAAGCAAUUCCUCGAAAUCGCACGGAGAAAGGAUGCCAAAGGCGCCCGCCUCAAGAAAUCCACCAAGAGCAAGGAUAUCAAGUUGAAGCUCCGGGGCAAGCGGUUCCUUUACACGCUCAUCCUCAAGGAUUCGGACAAGGCCGAUAAGAUCAAGCAGAGCUUGCCGCCUAGUUGCGCGAUCGAAGAGAAGGGCUCAAUUCCGUGGAGGUAG